AGGACGUUUGAAUUUAAGUACGUCCACCUCCCCCCCGACCCCCCGAGUGGGAAAACGUUUUUGUUAAGACACCUGUUUCUUGUGUUUUCCCGCACUCACACAGCCGACGAGGUUUUUUUGGUUAUUGUUUUUAUUUUGGGUUUUUUUCCCCCCACCCGUGUCUUGCUAUGGCCAAAGGAGAAGGAGGAGAACAAUACUCCAACGCCAGUUUAUUGAGUAAACCGGGCAACUCCGAUAGCAUUAAGCUCGCCAAGAGGAGUGAACAGAAGAACAGGUUAUCAGUCUGCAACAAGUUGUGCUAUGCCGUUGGUGGAGCACCUUACCAGAUCACAGGAUGCGCCCUGGGCUUUUUCCUGCAAAUCUACCUACUCGAUGUCGCUCAGCUGGACCCCUUCUAUGCUUCCAUCAUCCUGUUUAUAGGUCGGGCUUGGGAUGCUGUAACGGACCCAACUGUGGGCUUCUUGGUCUCCCGAAGCCCGUGGACACGCUUUGGACGCAUGCUACCCUGGAUUGUGUUCUCCACCCCCCUCGCUGUGCUUACAUAUUUCCUAAUAUGGUACGUUCCUCCAUUUGAGGAUGGCAAAGUCAUCUGGUACCUCGUCUUCUACUGCCUCUUCCAGACCCUGCAGACUUGUUUCCAUGUGCCUUACUCUGCCCUCACAAUGUUCAUCAGUUCAGAGCAAAAAGAGAGAGACUCGGCCACCGCUUACCGGAUGACCGUUGAGGUACUGGGCACUGUGAUUGGUACAGCCAUCCAAGGGCAGAUAGUUGGCAUGGCCAAUGCACCCUGCAUCCCUAUACCUGGCAAUGACACUGAGAUCAGGAACUUCACUUCAUCCCUGACAAGUAUCAGACCUGACAUUAAUAACACUCAUCCUGUUAUCUCCCUGGAUGACACGAAAACAGCCUACAUGAUUGCUUCUGGUGUCAUAUGUGCCAUCUACAUUCUCUGUGCUGUUGUGCUCUUCUUUGGUGUGAGAGAGAAAAAGGAAUCCUGUCGUCCCAGGUCGGAGCCCAUGUCUUUCUUCCAGGGGUUGAAGGUGGUAAUGGGACAUGGACCCUAUGCCAAGCUGGUUAUGGGUUUCCUUUUCACCUCACUGGCUUUCAUGCUCUUGGAAGGAAACUUUGCCCUGUUCUGCAGCUACACCCUGGGCUUCAGAAAUGACUUCCAGAACAUUCUACUCGCCAUUAUGCUGUCCGCUACUCUGGCCAUUCCUUUCUGGCAGUGGUUUCUGACUCGGUUUGGGAAGAAGACGGCGGUUUACGUUGGCACCUCGUCAGUGGUUCCCUUCAUGAUUCUCGUGGUGUGUGUGAAGAGCAACCUGAUAGUCUCUUACGUCGUCUCCUUUGCUGCUGGGGUCGGCGUAGCUGCAGCCUUCCUAUUACCCUGGUCUAUGCUUCCUGAUGUGGUCGAUGACUUUCAGGUGCACAACCCAGACUCUGUUGGCCAUGAAGCCAUCUUCUAUUCCUUCUAUGUCUUCUUCACCAAGUUUGCCUCUGGAGUCUCCCUUGGCAUAUCCACUCUUAGUUUAGAUUUUGCAGGCUAUAUUACACGUGGCUGCUCCCAACCGGAGGAAGUGGAUUUAACCCUCAAACUGUUGGUGUCUGCAGCACCCAUAGCUCUUAUCUUGGUUGGACUGAUCAUUUUCCACUCUUAUCCAAUCAAUGAGGAAACGAGGCAGGGCAACCGCAAACUGCUGCAGGAACAGCGGGACAAUGAGGCAGAUUCUGAAACGGACUUUGCAGAGCUGGCCAACAUGGUCUAGAACAUUUUUAGAAACCCACAGAUCAACCGGGUGAUCACUGCCGUUUGCACUGGGUGGGACCAAUGGACCGGAGCCUGUCUAAUUAUAGAGACACUGCCUUGUCCAAUCACAUUGCUGCUUCUCCAUAUCUCAGAACUUCAACGACUAGACCGUGCAACAGCUGCACCAAGGCCUCGGAAAGAACUGCCUUACCUGCCAUAUUUGUGACAAUUUCUUUGAGUCUGCUCUCUGCAACACUACUCUUUGCAAAGUAACCUACAAAAAUUGUGUACUGUUUUUUGAAUGCUGCACAAAGGAAUGAAUAUUUCUUUUGUUCAUAGUUGCACAAAAUGUUGAAAUGUGAGUUCAGUGGACCUGCUUUGUGAGUAUUGUCUUUGUACGACUUUCACGAACUUGGGUUUCUAUCCAUAUACAUGCUCUCAUAGGUAAACUUGGAAAUUCAUAUCCUUGACCGCUGUGCUACACCUUUAUAACCUUCCAUGAGAUGUAAACAUGAGAAACUUGAACAACCAUUUAAAAAAAAAAAAUUAAUACCUGGGCUUUUUGUUUUCCACAAAGUUCAAACAUUCACACUGUCUGAUAUAAAUUUCUUUAGAGAUCAUUUAUAUUACAGAAUUUCAAAGUAUUGAACAUUUCUUCCAAUUUUUUAUGCAAAUUUUUUUUCGCAUUGGGAGAUUUUCCAACAGGUAGCUGCAAAUUUACCCACAAUCUAAAACAUGUAAUUGAAAUAUUUCCUAUUUCAAACAGUUCACAACUUAGUUCUCUAGUAAUUUUCCUUUUCCUUUUUCUGCUGACAUCUGGUUGACUGAAACACAACUGCCUGGUCAUGUCCAUUCCAGUUCUUACCCUCUGACUUUGCUUAGAGAAGAGAAAGACACUACCGUCUGAUGUUCCAACUAGUGGAUUUGCUGUAAAUGCUGUGCUCUCGAAGACGUGUUUUAGUUUCCCACCAUUGCAAUGAAACCACUAAAAUGGAGGACCAGUUUAUUUGCACGAACAAAGUUGAUCUAACCAUUACAUUAUUUAUAUGAAAUUAUUUAAAGCACGGCUAUUAAAGACCAUAGAGAUUUUUUUCUCUUGAUAUGAAUCAUUUUCUUAACAUCAAGCAAAUUCAAAAAUACAAUUGGUACUAAUCUAGUGAGAUUAUUUAAGUAUUUAUUAGUUUGAUUUUGAUGUUUUUUUUCUGAGUUCAUGUUCACUGGAAUGUCAUGCAUCUUGCAGUAUUUAACUUCUUUAAGGCCUUUUUAAGGUUUGUGUUCCAACUUGUUAAUUUUUGAAUGAAGUAUAUUUCAGCAAACUGAGGAAAAAAGAUGUUUACUAAUGGUUAGCUCUCAAAGACUUUAAUGCAUGUUGCCUCAGCUAACGCAACAAUUUUUUUCCCCAUUCACAAAAGGGAAGCACAGAAUUAUCAAAAAAAAAAAAGAAAAAGAAAAGAAAAAUGGAGGAUGGGGAUGUGAAUUUUGUGGUCUCCCUGGUGUUUUUUAUUUUAUGUUUGUGUGUCAACUUUGGGAAUGAUUGUAUAGUUUUAAAGGAACAAGGCGUCUGCUUUAUGAGCAUCUCAAACUGAGGCAUGAAAAAAGAAUUGACGCCUCCGAUAUGGAAUAUGUUUUCUAGUAUGUUUCCAUACUGAUAUAACUACAUAUGUCCACACUUGGAUUUGCUAGGAUGAAGUAGUAACGUAUUUAUUUCAGUUACCCCACUUCCUGUGGUUUUCUUUCUCCUAGAGUUUCUUUAGGAGAAGAGAAUUGCCAAUUUUUUACACCACACGCCCUCUAACUACAUACAAAACUUGCCAAUAUGUAAACAUGUCUUCUGUGCAUAUGUAUAUAUUGUAUGUAAACCUGUAAAUAUAUUUGAUAUUUGUGGAUGCAAGUGAAAACUUAUGUACAUUGAUGUAAGGUAGUUAUUUAAGGAAGAUGUUGUGAGAAUAAAUGAGGAAAAAAAGUUAAAAGAAUAAUAAACAUUAAUUGAUAAUUGUA